AUGUCCACUCAACCAAUUAUUCAAAGACGUAUAGCUCUUCCCGCUCGGGUUGAACCUAAAGUGUUCUUUGCCAACGAAAGAACCUUUCUUUCUUGGCUACAAUUUACAGUUGUGUUAGGUGGUCUUGCGAUUGGACUUCUCAACUUUGGAGAUAGAGUUGGGAAAAUCUCGGCUGCUGCGUUCACCUUUGUUGCCAUGUCUAUAAUGAUAUAUGCCCUCUUAAUAUAUCAUUGGAGGGCCGCAAAGAUACGGAAAAGAGAAGAGGGGCCCUAUGAUGAUAGAUUUGGGCCAACAAUUCUUUGCAUUUUCCUCGUCGGGGCAGUAAUCAUCAACUUCGCACUCCGGCUUACGUCAACGUCAGGAACACAUUAG